AGAAGGAGUGGCAAAAGGAAAGGGGAGAGAGCCGGCACUGGAGCAGCAACGACACACAACGCAUUCGCUCAAGAUAAGAAGAAGAAGAAGAAGAAGCGGCAACAGCUUACACAAUUCACUUUCCAAUUUGGUGGCCCUCAUCCUUCUUAACCGCUGAUUAUUGUUCCUCAUGAAAGAUGAGGUGAGUCUUGUGGUCGUGGAUGAUUCGGUGGUGUCACAGACUCAAAGCGUUGAAUGGACAGAAACAGAGAAGCUAGGAGAAACCCCAUGGCUGCCAAUGGUUUGUCCAGAAGGAGACACAGGACUCACACUUUCAGAGACUCGCCCGAGGAAGAUGGACCGGUGGAGCUCCCGGAGACGACCAGGCUUAGAGAUCGAGGGACUGGGAAGAAGGAUCGAGAUCGCGAGAGGGACAGAGAUAGAGAUAGAGAGCGCGAGAGGGAUCGAUUGAGUCGCACCAAGAGGAGGAGAGGGGAUGGGUUGAUGCACGGCAACAAUAGAGAAGAUGGUGGAGAAGAUAGCUCGUAUGAGAGUGUUAACGAUGAAGAAGAAGACGAGGAUGAUGAUGUUGGCGGUGGUUCAGUAAGAAUGCUUCCGCUCAACCCAUCAUCGCUAUCUUCAUCCUCCUUAUCGAACCAUCGGAAGAGCUUUCCUCUGGCGAAGGAUUUUAGAGCAGCGUCGACAUGGAAGGCCGCCGAUGAGAUGAUUGGGGUGUUGGUUCCUAGGAAGGCACGGUCAGCGUCGACGAAGAGAUUGCAUGAAUGUUGGGCUUCCAAUGGGGGAAUAGCAGGGGAGCAAUUUCACAGGCAAGCGUCAACUUCUCCCGUGAGAACAAGCGCAACAGCAACGGGGAUGGGACCUUCUCCAUCUCCAGCGUCGCCGUCUUCGUCUAACGCUUCGGUUCGCAGGAGGAUAAAGCCCAGUGGAACCAAGCCUCGUCCCCCAAAGUCUACAUCCAAACCUUCUUCAGCUCAGGAUGAGAUCGAAAUAGAGAUCGCCGAAGUCUUGUACGGUAUGAUGAGACAGCCUCAAGGGAUUCCCAAGCAAGAACCGUUGGCGAAUGAUUUAUUGAAGUUCGAUUCCAGGGACACUAGCAAAUCUUCCGGUGAUGGCAAGUCGAGGAUAUCUUCACCGAUCUCGAACUCACAAUCCGCACCGCCUCUGUCGUCGUCAGUUCCACCCCAAGGUUCCAGUACUUCCAUAACUCCCUUAUCUGCUGUUGCACCCAAGAGGAAAAGACCGCGUCCCGCGAAGGAUGAGAGCGAAAAUCCGACUAACAUCGCCGUUCGGAAUGGCCCCAUUGCAUCGACCUCGAAGGCUGAAAGCGAUCAGGCUUCUAAAGUCGAAACUUGUGCGCCAAAUUUCGAUAAAACCGCCGGAUCUGCAUCCGAAAAUGGCUGUUUGUCUAGCAGCUUACCCAGUUCCCAAGUCGUUCCUCCACCAUUGAAGCCUCUGCCGGAGUCAAUUAAAUUGGAAAGCAACAUGCUGUCGGAUUCUAAGUCGGUAACGGAAGAAUCAGUAAGGCCAGAUGUGGGAUUGAGCGAGGAGGAACCUGAGUCUCCGAAGAAGGAAUCCAUUGUGCCGAAAUUAGAUGAUGACUCUGAGGAUGUGAAAGCGUUAAAAGCGAACCCAAUCAUUUCCGAGAAUGUGAGCCAGGGGGAAGAGAAGAUCCAGAUAGACCUGAUGGCGCCACCUCCUCCAUUGAGACCUUCUCCAGAAAGAGAUGCGGAGGUUAAUUUAGCGGCAGGGGAUCCGCAGCCAUUGGCGGCAGAAUCUGAAAUGGACGUGAAGCCAAUGGUAAGGGAAGAGGAGAAAUCACAGAAAAUGAACAAGGAUGAGGCGGUGGCUGUUGCAACUGAUAAAAAGGGAGCAGCGGCGGACGAUGCCAAUGCACUAAAACCAGCUAAUAUUCAAAAGGAAAGGAGUAACGAUCUACGAAUUGAUUUAGAGAAGACUGAUAAAGAUGGUGGCAGUGGCAAUAUGGUUGUGAAGAGGCAUCAGCAGCGACCGAACUCAGAGCAAGCUGUUCAAUCCAACUCUAUGCCUCUGCCAAUCUCUGUUCCCAGCUGGUCGGGCGGGUUUCCUCCUAUGGGAUAUAUGACGCCUCUACAAGGAGUUGCAUCCAUGGAUGGCACCGCCGUGUCUUCUCCAGCCAUACCACCGCCCCAUCUACUUUUCAAUCAGCCUCGGCCCAAAAGAUGUGCAACCCAUUGCUACGUUGCUCGCACUAUAUGGUACCACCAACAGGUUGCAAAGAUGAGUCCAUUCUGGCCUGCGGCAGCAGGUUCUUCAUCAUUAUACGGUGCCAAGGCCUGCAAUCUCAGUAUGGCACCUCCUACCGAAUUGCAAGGUAAUAUUGUCAGCAGGACUGCAAGCUCUGCUCAAGACAAAGGGCACAGUCUUGCCAUACUUCCAGGUCAUCUUGGGAAGGAAAAAGGCUCUCACGCCGCCAACAUUGAGAAUUCACAGAGAAAGCAAAUAGUGCUUCAGCAAGCUCUGCCCCCAGGGGCACCUAGUAAUAUAUUGCAGGGCGCUUUCAUCUUCCCGCUGCCCCAGCAGCAGGCAGCGGCUGUUGCAUCUGUUAGACCUGGAUCUGUGAGGUCUCUGCCUUCUACUGGCACUGGGGUAUCAUCAUCAGGUACAUCUAGUGCAGUCUCGGCAAGUGCUUCUGCUACGGGGACUGCUGCUGCACCAACAAUGAGCUUCAGCUACCCUAAUAUGGCUGGCAAUGAAACUCAGUACUUGGCAAUUUUGCAGAAUAAUGCAUACCCAUUUCCAGUACCAGCACAUGUUGGUGGUCCACCUGCUUACCGAGGAACCCAUGCCCAAGCUCUGCCAUUCUUCAAUGGUUCUUUCUAUUCUUCUCAAAUGCUCCACCCUUCACAGCUUCAGCAGCAGCAACUUCCAGCUCAAUCUCUGCAAAAUCAACAGAGUCUUCAAAACACAAAUAUGUCUAGUGGAUCAUCAUCUUCCCAAAAGCAUUUGCAGAGCCAGCAGCAAAAGCCUAAUGCUAGUGGCACUGGUGGUGGUGGAAGCUUGCAAGGUUUUCAUGCCUCAUCCAAAACCCAGCCAUCACGGUCACUGCAGCAGCAGCAGAGGCAGCAUCUGCCCAACCAUCAUGCUUCUCAUCCUUCAUGCCACAUUGAGUCUGAGAUGGGUGGUGAAGAUAGCCCAUCUACUGCAGAUAGCAGGUUCUCUCGUGCUCCUAUGAAUGUAUAUGGCCACAACUUUGCAAUGCCAAUGCAGCCACCGAAUUUUGCUGUGAUGACACCUGCAUCGAUUGGGGGUGCAGGUGCUGCGACCAGUGCUAAUGGCAGUCACAGUGAAAAGAAGCAACAGCAGCAUAAUAGCACAAAGGCUGGAGUGGAAGCUUCUCAGGCAUUUGCCAUAUCAUUUGCGUCCAUUAAUGGUGCUACUACUGCCACGGGCCUUGACCUCUCAUCUAUUGCCCAGAACCAUCCAAAUAUGCAAAGUCCAAACUUUCAAAUGAUGGCAGCUCAAGCUGCUCAGCAGAAGAAAAAUUAUCGUGUCUCUGAAGAGGGGAAAACUGGAGGUGAUUCUUGUAAUCCGGAUGAAAAUAGGAAAGCCAUGUCCAGAAAAGCUACUGCAACCGUGGGACAGUCCAUUGUUUUCUCUAGAUCGGAGGUGUCAGAUCCCUCAAUAUCUGCAAUUACAGGUAACACUGUCAUUGAUAGCUCGGCCCGAACUCUCAACCUUAGUUCUGCUACAUCCCGUACUUUGGCUUCUGGCAUGCCUGCUACUUUCAACAGCAGUACUGUCAGUUCUCAGCAACAGAUGCAGCGAAACCAGCAUCAGCAGCAAACAAUUCAGAUUCAAAGGCAACAAUUAACGACAACUGCUCCACGCAACAAGACACCAUCUACAAGUAACGGAAAUGUCUACUCUGAUCACCUGCCUGCUGCCUCUUCAGUGGCCACCAAGUUUACCACUGGAUAUCCUCAAAACCUUGCACAAAGCAGCAGCACUGCUGCUCAGUCACCUCAGUGGAAGAAUUCUAUGAGGCCAAUUACUUCUCAGUCUCCUCCAUCUAUGUCACCCACACCUUUGACAGCUAAAACUGUUACUCAGCAGCAGGCUCGUUCUCAGCAGGCUCACACGCAAAUUUCUUUUGCAACAAAUCUAAAAUCCUCGGCAACCCAAGGGCAACCUUCAGGCUCUACACAUUCUCCUUCUCCAACUGUGGCUGGCUCACCAACGGCUUCCUCAAUUUCCAAAAAUGGGGGUAGCCCUCGGACAGCAUCAACAUCAACUGGAAAUAAGGUUAGCCAGGCUUCUUUAUCGACUCAGCAACCUAGAAGUUCACAAGCAGUGCCAAGUCAGAAGUCCUCACCUGUUGGUGGGAGGAAUGUUCCAUCAAUCCUUAGUGGCUCUCAGCUGAUCCCAUCUUCUGGCACUGGGGCGAAACCCCAAUUGCUACAGCAGCAGCAGCAUCAACUAUCUAAGCAAACAUUACAGCAGGCACAGCUAUUCUUCUCAAAUGCUUAUAUGAAUCCCCAAGCUUCACAAUCAAGUAGUUCCACCUCUACAACUUCAGCUGCAAGCGGGCAAUACCUUCAAAGGCGUGGCCACGAUUCUCAUAUGCAGCGACAAAGCUCAUCCGGCACUUCCUCCAAUGGCAUGCUGUCCUGUCCUGCAGUUACAAUCGUUAACAGCAGCUAUACUGAUUCUUCUAAGGUCGCUGCAGCUGCGGCAAGCAAUUUGAAAGGUGGCAGUUUAUCAACCCAAGGUUUCAUGCAUCCUGCACACUUCACCGCAGCACAACAAUCUGGAAACCCCCACCAGUAUGUUGGGGGCUUCCCUUAUGCUGUACCUGCCGCAGUUCAAGUGAAGCCAGCAGAGCAGAAAGAACCUGCGGGUGAGUAAAAUGAUGUCGCUGGUUGUUUGCUCCACUACUGUGCAUGUGGGAAACGAAGCGUGAAAGCAAUCUGAGGAGUGGAAGACGAUGUCUUUCUUGUGUUUAUGCCCUUUUGCAACAUGCACGCAGACGAAAGAGAUGGAAGGUGCAAAUAUGAGCAAACCACAGCCUCGUGAUAUGAAUUGAAUCAGCGGAGACUUUUCACAAUUUUGGACGGAAAGUCUGACGAAUUAUAUAUGGAAUAUGCCUGAAGUGAAGUGUGUAGUGAUCUCUGUACACUUGUGUUUAUAUUCUGACAAGGGUGAUCUUGAAGUCUAAUCAAAAUUCUUUUUGUUCUUUGGAGAGGUAGUUGAUGUUUUUUUCCCCCGGGGGGGGGGUGUUGCUUAUGAACACGUACUAGUUGGCAGGAUAGUAUGAAAGAACGAAACAAAGUUUGGAGGAAAGGAAGGAAAGAACCACCUUUCCUUUGGGUUCGUAAUGGAAGUCUUCCUGGGAUUUUCUUUCUCCUCUUAAUUGUUCUUCUUUCAUUCUAUUAUUAUUUUUGUUGCUUUCUAGACUAGAAAGAGGAGCAGGAAGCAUCUUUUGACAUAUCUACAUGGAAGAGCAUGAAAUAUGUAUCAUUGUAGCAGAAUAUCAUAGUUAGCCACAAAAUUUGCUAGUCCCUCUUA